AUGCCAGUGAGUCAUGACACGUCUCCUCCAACUACAGUCAUCGUGCCGGAUAUGUUUUCGUCUAUCAUGUCCACCAUACCAAAAGUCAACAAACACUAUGAGGCCGUGAAAAUCGAAUGCAACCUUUGGGUGAAACAGAUCCUUGGUCUAAGUGAAGCGCAGUACCAGAAGAAUUUGAAGGCAGAAUUCGCGCUUCUUGGAAGUCUCUGGGUACCAGAAGCUGAUAAAGAUGCAUUGAGACUCGUCAUAGAUUGGCUUCAGUGGGUUUUUUACUUUGAUGACCUGUUUGAUGAUGGGGUCUUUAAAGACGAUCCAGAAGGCGCUAAAAGAGAAGUCGAGGGCACCCUUGCUCUUAUGUCAGAGGUCGAAGAGACGACGCUUGAAACAGAGGACCUCUCUGGAAUGGCUUUUCAAAUUGACCUCCCAAGCUAUGUCAUUGAGAAUAACUCAGUUAAAGAGUGUGAGGAUGUUUGCUCCGACUUGGUGCUUUUGGUGAAUGAUGCUCUUUCAUUCAAGAAAGAACAGGAAAUGGGUGUUCAGCACAACAUCAUAAACCUCCUUCAGCACCAGGGACUUUCUCUGCAACAGGCCAUGAAUCAAAUUGGGGUCUUACUCAAUGAUUGCUACAGACGCUGGUAUACUUCACUCGCUGAGAUGCCAAUCUAUGGUGAAUCAGUUGAUAGAGAGCUAGCACGAUACAUUGAGGGCUGCCGAAUCAUUGCCUUAGGAAAUCUUCACUGGAGCUAUGCCACAGGCCGGUAUCUGGGUACGCAGGGAGUCCAAGUGCGAAAGACCCGCGUCAUAUCGAUAGGUAAAGAUCAUACGCGUGAGUCGAAUGACUUGACGGUUUCUUAA